GGUUGGUAUUAUAUCGUGAUGUCUGCUAAUAUUGAUGCAAUGGAGGAUAGCGCAGUGGCAACAGAAGAAGGCGAAUUCGAGGAUGAUCUCGAGCGACUCACAGAUGAGUAUAAUUCCGAUGAAUCUGAUAAUUCAGAUACAGAUGAUGAGGAUAGGGAGAAUAUCAUGUAUGCGUGA